AUGGCCUGGAAUGCAGACUUCGCAGACGAUCUGGAUCUCGCCUGGGCCCGGAAGGGCUACCAGCAGGGACUUGAAGUUCUGGGUGUCGACCUGAAUCACGUCUGGCGUGGGAGAAGCGACGAUCCUCUUGAGCUGAAACAUCACAAAGCGUUGCACACAUUCCUAUUUGGGGAUAAAACCAAUGAUCAGCGCUCCUACAACUGGCAUCUUUCGGGAGUUGCCUGCGCAGAGAUCCUGAUUAUGCUCCUUGCUUUACUACCUAAUCUGACUACUCUCAUAGCUGACGGUGAAAACAUUAAUGUGUUUCUUCCGCCAUCCGGUUUGAGAGUGUUUGGCAUCGACAGGAUAAAGCUUAGGCUACUGGCGGCAACUCACCUCCCCCACGUAAUCAUGGAUGUGGUACCAGAUCUGGAAGAUAUGAUGGUUGGACCCUGGGGCCGACGCUCUAUUGACUGCCUUUCAAGGACGCCGAUUUUGCCAUCGAUAGGAUAUCUCAUGUCACCAGAGGAUUUCAAACUUGAAGAUGCACCCCCUUAUAGACUGGACACCCGUGGUCUAGAGAAGAUUCUCACUUCCUACUCCCAGCCUCUGCGGUUUAUUCAUUUCCAGGCAUUCAACGUCAGGAGCAAAGUCGAUAUACCCCGUCCCUCAUUCCGCUAUCUUGACAACUUCUGCACGACUCUCCAACAUCUCAUCCUUGACUAUGGGGUUGAAGCCCGUCUUACCGGGUCCACGAUACGAUCUCUGAAGAAGUUUAUCAAUUUGAAACGUCUGUUCAUCACCGCAAAUCUGAUCUAUCCCACGCCUCAUGGUGAUUCGACAAGAGAUCGGGACUCUCUUGUCAAUCUCUUGCCUGAUCAGAUCGCGUCCUUUACGGUGAUUGACUGGACCCUACCGCAUUUUCAAGAAACACCCCUUAAAUAUGGCUUCAACGGUUUACUCGAGGCUAUGGUUAGAGGGUCAUUUCCUCAACUCAAGCACGUGAGGUCUGAGUCAAGUCGCUGGCGAAAGGUCAGAAAAAUCUAUCGUGAAGUAGGUCACGUAGUGGAGAUAGCGGACCCGAUGUAG